AUUAAAUUAGGACUGUUUAAUCUAUCAAUACCUUUCACAAUUACUUGCUCUCUGUGAACCCUAGCAGUAUAAUUGCAUUGUUACAGACUUGCACAGAUCUGCAAGCCUUGAUUCUCGCCGUAAGUUAAAAUAAGAGAUAGAAUUAUAACUUAUAAACAGGUGAACCUUUCCAUCUUUUCACAGGCUGUGACUGGAGAUUCGGGUGUUUGGUGCGGGCCAGCUAAAUUCUCGAUGUGAAGCUGUCCCAUGAUGCAACAUGAUUCCCCACUGCCUGCAGUGACAAUGAUGGCCACCCAGAGCGUUCCUCCUCCAACGUACCAGGAAAGUCAACAGAUGACGGGCACAACUCAGCAGAACUCCAAGACCCCACAGGUCCAUAUCCCAGCAGCCUCUGCAGCAGGAAAUAACUCUGUCAGUGUGACCCUUGACCCCCAGGCCCAGCUUGAGUCUGACAAGAGAGCUGUUUACAGCCAUUUUCAAAGACAUCCGUUGUUCCCCCUGCUGGCUCUGCUGUUUGAGAAAUGUGAACAGGCCACGCAGGGAUCUGAAUGCAUCACGUCGGCCAGCUUCGACGUAGACAUUGAAAACUUUGUUCACCAGCAAGAACGAGAACACAAGCCUUUCUUCAGCGAGGAUCCGGAGCUCGACAACUUGAUGGUGAAGGCUAUCCAGGUAUUACGGAUCCACCUACUGGAGCUGGAGAAGGUCAAUGAGCUCUGUAAGGACUUCUGCAAUCGCUACAUCACCUGCCUCAAGACCAAAAUGCACAGCGACAACCUUUUGCGCAACGACCUCGGAGGGCCCUACUCUCCAUCCCACACCAGUCUCAGCAUGCAGCAGGAACUAAUUCAGACCUCCUCUCCAUCCAUGACCUCUGUCUCCAGUUCUGUUAACUCUUCAGGGAUUGUGGUGCCCGCCGGAGGUCUGCAGCAAAGCAACGUCGCCAUGACCACCAUCAACUCACAAGUGGUAUCAGGUGGAACCUUGUACCAGCCGGUUGCCAUGGUGACAUCGCAAGGGCAAGUGUUAACGCAGGCACUACCUCCAGGAACCAUCCAGAUUCAGAACUCGCAGGUAAAUGUGGACUUGUCAUCUCUUUUGGACAGUGAAGACAAGAAGUCAAAGAACAAGAGAGGGGUCCUGCCCAAACACGCCACCAACAUCAUGCGUUCCUGGCUCUUCCAGCAUCUCAUGCAUCCGUACCCAACAGAAGACGAGAAGAGGCAGAUUGCUGCACAAACAAGUCUCACCCUCUUGCAAGUGAACAACUGGUUCAUCAAUGCCCGGCGCCGGAUUCUUCAGCCCAUGUUGGAUGCCAGUAAUCCAGACCCGGCUCCUAAAGCGAAGAAAAUGAAGUCCCAGCACCGCCCCACACAGCGCUUCUGGCCAGACUCUAUCGUGGCCGGAGUACUACAAACGCACAGAUCUCAGACAGUGAACAACUCAGAAAUAACUGUGUGGCUAGCUUGUUCCACGCCCAGACUAACUCCGCUGCCCUGUGCCGCAGACCCGCUCAGCAUGGACGGCCUCCAGUCGCUGUCCUCGGACUCCGCCACCCUGGCCAUGCAGCAGGCCAUGCUGGGGGCCGACGACUCCAUGGACGGCACGGAGGACGACGAGGACGAGGAGGAGGAGGAGGAAGGCAUGGACGAGGAAGAAGAAGAGGAGGAGGAGGAGGAGGAAGGAGAGGAGGAACACGACAGAGGAAGGCAACUGUCCGGCAGGGGAGGGGGACGAAGAGAGCUCAGCAUGGACGCAGGAGACGAGCUGGAGUAGCCGCACAGGAAGAGGGGGAGAGGGCAGCGUGAACUUUGACCCCGAGCUGUCAAGCUCAAUGCGAGCCCCUUUCGCAGCACGCCGGCCUGGCUCGAACGCCGAACAACUCCUGCUUCUCUAAGGCCACAUUGCAUCGUCACCGCAGACAAAACGUCCUGAUCGUAGACAACAAAGUUUAGCUCGCUGACGGGAUUUGUGUUGUUGCAUCUUCAUCGUCGUACGUCAUCAUUCAGUGAGCAGCCGGGAUGUUUUGGAUGGUAGCACAUCUUUGGACUUCACAGCUUGGGCUAGUUAUGGAAAGGAAACAAUCCGUGUUGUUUAAUACAUUCUGGGAUAAUUUGAAAAAUAAAAUAAAAUAAAAUAAAAAACAGAGAGAAUGCUGCACAGAACAAUGAGGAGUCGUUUCCAUGCAUCAAAAAUGUUAAACUCUGCACAGGAAGAAUUUUUGAUGAUUUGUGGGAACAGAUAUUAAACUGAAUGUAAUAUUUUGGCCCCUGAAGUUCCUAAAAAAAAAAAAAAAAGGGCUGCAGAAUGUUUUUUGUUUUUUUUUCUUAAUCUUGUUUUUACUGACAGGAGGUCGUAGUUUAAUUUUAGCAGCAAAACGUGUCAUCUUAUUUUCUAAAACAGGGGGUGCGGUGGGGGAGGAGAGGAAAAGGUCGACAGGAAGGAGGGAGGCGUUCCCAAACAUCUGCAGAAGGGAGUAGCUUCCUCCGCUGCGACACGCGUUUAAACACGACGCCGAGGUUCUCAGGUUGAACAGAGUCUCUUCCACGACCCCCGAAUCGACGCUGCAGCGAAUCCGCAUCUUCAGCAUGACGUUUCGAAACUCGCUCAGUUUAUAGUUUCUUCUUCUGUGAGCCAAAACAAAAAACAAAACUAAAAAAGACACACACACACACACACACACGGGGGAGGAAAAAAAAACAACAAACAGUUGUUGUACACCGGUGUAUACCGACUGCUCAUACAGUAUGUAAAUUGGAUUUUUCCCUCUGUUUGCAUCCUGAUGUUGGGAGGUUUGCAUAUUUAUUCAGUUCUGUUCAUGUGUCUGCCUGCGUGUGUGCCCUCCAAGAGUAACUUGAGCAAAGGUGACAGUUUCUGACUCAAAAGAAGUGGCCGACAUGUACAUACGUACUCCAAUCCAGCCGUGGACCCUCGGAAAUAGCGGCCUGUGUAUUUUUUAAUCGCCUUGCCGGAUUCAUCGCACUCGUUGCAACAGCAGAAAUCCCACGGUGACGGCUGGAAACUUCAGAGCUGAGAGACAUUUUUAGCAAAACAAAA